AAGCGAAGCUAACCCACCCACCCAAAUCGGCGAGCCGUGCAGCCGCCGCCGUACUCCUCCUCCCGAGGCGUCGCAGCCGCCGCCACCCUGACACCUCUCCCCGCCGUCGCGCCGCCGGCGCUCGCGGCGCCCAUCCACCGUCCACCUGUUGCCACCGCCGCAUGCGCCAGAGGGAGGCCUAGCGCGCUCGCGGAUCCCUCCUCCUCCUCGCCUCGCCCGACGACGACGCGGCUUCCAGCGAUGCAUCGCGCGAUGCGGCUGCGCGGCCUCCUGCGCCCGCAGCUCCUGCGCACGCAUGAGACCGGAGGCGCGCUUGUCGUGGGGCUCGGAGAGCCUGGCGGGAGCGCGGUGGCGCGGAGGCCGCCUCCCCUGCCUUUCGGCGACGGGCGGCGGCGGCCGUCGUCCCGGUUCUACUGCUCCAAGGGCGGCGUCGGCAGCGUGGAGGCGGCUGUGGGGAGCGGCGGAGGCGGUAGUAGUAGCAGCAGCAGCGAGCAGGAGCACGCGCGGCUCGGGGAGAGGGACCAGAAGGAAUGGCUGAGCGGCGAGCGGUUCGUCACCGGCUGCAGGAGGCGGGAGUCUCCAUUCCUCACCAAGCGGGAGCGCUUCCGCGACCAGUUCCUGCGCCGCGUCGUGCCAUGGGAGAAGGCCACCCUCUCCUGGCGCAGCUUCCCGUACUACGUCGAUGAGGACGCAAGGCAGCUGCUGAGUGAUUGUGUGGCGGCACACCUGCGCCACAAAGAUGUCGCUCUGGAGUAUGGUUCUCGGCUGCAGUCCUCUGGUGGGAGGAUAUUGCUCCAGAGCUUGUCAGGAACUGAGCUCUACCGGGAGAGAUUGGUAAAAGCACUUGCCCAUGAGCUACGCGUGCCACUGUUGGUUUUGGACAGCAGUGUUCUAGCUCCAUAUGAUUUUGGUGAAGAUUGUUCAGAGAGUGAGGAAGAAGAUGAUCAUGCAGAAUCUGAAGAUGAAGGGUCUGUGUCAGAGGUGGAAGAUGAAGGCGAUGAUGAUGAAGAAAAAUCAGGUGAAAGCGAUGAUGAUGAUGCUAUUAAAUCCGUGGAAGACCUCAAGAAGCUUGUUCCAUGCACUCUUGAGGAAUUUGCAAAGAGAGUUGCUAGUGCCCAGGGAAGUUCAUCAACAUCAGAAUCCUCUGACACUGCUGAGUCUCCUGAAGAUGGGAAAAGGCCGCUCCAAAAGGGAGAUAGGGUCAAGUAUGUUGGAGCAUCAGUGCUUGUUGAAGCAGAUCACAGGAUCAAUUUGGGGCAAAUUCCUACUCAAGAGGGAGGAACAAAUGCCUAUACUUCUAUUAAUGGCAGGACAUUAUCAAAUGGACAGCGUGGAGAGGUGUAUGAGAUCAAUGGCGAUCAAGCAGCUGUUAUAUUUGAUCCUUCUGAAGACAAGCUGUCUGAUGAUAAAAAAGAUGAAGCUAGCAAAGAGCAUCUUGCUAAACCAGCAGUUUGUUGGGUCGACACUCAGGAUAUUGAGCUUGACCAUGAUAUACAGGCAGAAGAUUGGCACAUCGCAAUCGAAGCACUUCGUGAGGUACUGCCAUCUCUACAGCCAGCCAUUGUUUACUUUCCUGAUAGUUCCCAGUGGCUGUCUAGGGCAGUUCCAAGAUCAAAUCGCAGGGAGUUUGUUGAAAAGGUAGAAGAAGUGUUUGACCAGCUUACUGGGUCUUUAGUUUUGAUAUGUGGACAAAAUAUAACUGAGGCAGCGCCCAAGGAAAAAGAGCCGAAGACGCUAGUGUUCCACAAUCUUGCUCGCCUAUCUCCACUGACAUCAUCCUUGAAGCGGCUGGUAGGUGGGCUAAAAGCGCGGAAGCCUUCAAAGUCAAAUGACAUAUCAAAGCUCUUCAGAAAUAAAUUCUUUAUUCCUCUUCCAAAGGAUGAUGAACAGCUGAGAGUUUUCAAUAACCAGAUUGAGGAGGACAGAAAAAUAAUUAUCUCAAGGCAUAACCUUGUAGAAAUGCACAAGGUGCUUGAAGAGCAUGAGCUAUCAUGUGAGGAUCUUUUGCAUGUGAAAUUGGAGGGCAUUAUUUUGACAAAACAAAGAGCAGAGAAGGUCAUUGGAUGGGCUAGAAGUCACUAUUUAUCAUCAGUGACGUGUCCCUCUAUAAAGGGUGACAGGCUGAUCAUUCCCCGUGAGAGUCUGGACCUAGCAAUUGGAAGGUUAAAGGCACAGGAGGCUUCAUCGAGGAAGUCUUCUGAAAAAAUUAAGAUUUUGGCAAAAGAUGAAUUCGAGCGCAAUUUCAUUUCAGCAGUUGUACCUCCCAAUGAAAUUGGAGUAAAAUUUGAUGAUAUUGGUGCUCUUGAGGAUGUUAAGAAGACACUGGAUGAACUUGUUACUCUUCCAAUGAGGAGACCAGAGCUUUUUUCUCAUGGGAACUUGUUAAGGCCUUGCAAAGGUAUAUUGCUUUUUGGACCUCCAGGGACAGGGAAAACACUUUUGGCAAAGGCACUUGCAACAGAAGCUGGAGCAAAUUUUAUCAGCAUAACUGGUUCUAAUCUUACAUCAAAGUGGUUUGGAGACGCUGAGAAGCUCACUAAGGCCCUUUUCUCCUUUGCUAGUCGGCUAGCACCUGUUAUCAUAUUUGUGGACGAGGUUGAUAGCUUACUUGGUGCAAGAGGUGGUGCAUUUGAACACGAAGCAACAAGAAGAAUGCGGAAUGAAUUCAUGGCAGCUUGGGAUGGUUUAAGAUCCAAAGAGAACCAAAGGAUCCUUAUUCUUGGUGCAACAAACCGUCCAUUUGAUCUAGAUGAUGCAGUAAUUCGGCGUUUACCUAGGCGGAUAUACGUUGACCUUCCGGACUCACAGAAUCGAAUGAAAAUUCUGAAGAUUUUACUUGCAAAAGAAAACCUGGAAUCUGAUUUCAGAUUUGACGAACUAGCCAAUGCAACUGAGGGUUACUCUGGUAGUGACUUGAAGAACCUAUGCAUCGCAGCUGCGUACAGACCAGUUCAUGAGCUUCUAGAAGAAGAAAAGGGAGGCGUUAGUGGCACAAAAAUAUCUUUGAGGCCCUUAAAGUUGGAGGAUUUUGUGCAAGCAAAAGCAAAGGUAAGUCCAUCCGUCGCUUUUGACGCCACGAGCAUGAACGAGUUACGAAAAUGGAACGAGCAGUACGGGGAAGGUGGAAGCAGGAGUAAAUCACCAUUUGGGUUCGGCAGCUAACAUUGUUCUGUCAGUAUUUUUAGUUCUCACAUUGUAUCAUCUGCAUCAUUAGCGAGCUCCAACUUUAGCCAUAGGAAGCCAGCAAUAGGCGCUUCUUUCUCUGAUGUGCCCGCCUCCUUUCCUUUUCACCUAUAUCCUAUUUCAGAGUUAUGUGAUCCCUGUAUCAAUAGAGAAACACCUAAUCACACCAAAUUUUCCUGAGCCUUUUUGAACAAGUGCUCCGUCCUCCUGUUGUAAUUUUGAUGCAUCCCUCUGUUGAAACCUGACCAAACUGUAAAUAGCCGAAGAAGAAAUUUUGUCCCGAGACAACAGAUAAUAUGCUGUUACAACAAAAUAAAUCCCAUAUUCUUUCCAUUUUGUCAA